UUUUUCAUGUAACACAGGAUACACUGACAGCUCCAUUUCAUUUGUUUAAUGAAGACGCAUUUGGUGAAAAUACCAUCAGCGCUUAUCCACACACCGAUUAAUGUUAAUGACAACAAACAAAUUGUAGUUUAGUUUAUUUUACUCACUAAAUCGCUAACGUCAGCAUCAGAUCACACACACACAACCCUUUUCAUUCGCCUGUCAGAUAUCGUGUUAGUUAAAAUCAAAACAGAGUGGAGACAACAAGGAAGCAUAGAGAACACAAGACCGACAAGGCACCAUGACGUGGUUUAGCUUCGCAGGUCGGGUGUGGGAUCGCGUGGAGAAGACGUGUCUCCACCUGCCCAUCUUUCUGAACACCGUUCUCGUGUUCUCCAUCACGGCGGAGGUGAGCUACUUGGUCCUGGUCGAGGCGCCGCUCCAACCGGACCAGAAGAAGACCCAGUGGUCUACCGUGUGGAAGACUCUGCACCUCUUCGUGCAGUACUUCAUGUUUGGCAACAUCACAUGGAACGCCUCGCUGUUUCUGAAAACCAGCCCCAGCAUUCAAGGAGUGUUCUUGGGCUCAGAAGGCAUGGCACAAGGCUGGAGGUACUGCUACACAUGUGAGACCCACACUCCCCCGCGGUGCUCCCACUGCUAUGACUGUAAGGUGUGUGUUCUGAGAAGGGACCACCACUGUGUGUUCUUCGGCCAGUGUGUGGGCUUCCGUAACUACCGCUACUUCCUCAGCUGUCUGCUGUUCAUGUGGACGGGGCUGCUGUACGCUGUAGUGAUGAACGCUGAGGUCUUCAUCAUCAUCCUGAAGGAAGGAGUCACGCUGCACAGCAUCCUGCUACUUCUCAUGCCCUGGAUCAUGCUCGUCUCUGGUCAGGUGACAGCACGGGCCUUUGCCUUUGCCUUCAUCGCAGACACCUGUGUGUUGGGCUUCCUGCUGGUGGCAGCCUUCCUCUUCUUCCACCUCUUCCUCCUCCUGCGAGGCCAGACCACCAGAGAGUGGUACUCCAUCCGCAGGCCCUACAACCUGGGAUUACUGGGCAAUUUGCGGCACGGCCUGGGUACCCGCUGGUACAUCUGCUGGCUCUGCCCACUCAUCCCCUCCCCACUGCCUGGGGACGGCAUCCACUUCCAGGUCACAGAGUCACUGGAGCUGGAUCCCAACCGCUCACGGUAACCCUGGUAAUGUGACGGACACAGGUGUGUGAUGAUGACAGUGACACCUUGCAGUGCAGGCGGGGGGUGUGGCCUUCGUGGAGAAGUUGACUGUAAAUCUGAAAGCCUCUUCACCCACUGCUUUCGCCCCUCUGUUUGCUGAGUCAGUGAGUCAGUGGGUGGCUGCAUUAUCAAGGUUGCUCUGUGGUACUUUGACCCAUUGUCUAUGUGCCAACAUUAUUUGAUCCAUUACCUAAGUCAAUCAGCUAAAUGAGAAAGCAUGUGUUUAUUGGUUUGCUUGCCUCGGCAGUUAAAACAAUGAAAUGAGCAUUGAAAUGUGAGUCCACGGGCCUCCCAGGUGGCGCAGUGGUCUAGAGCACUGCAUCGCAGUGCUAGCUGCGCCACCAGAGUCUCUGGGUUCGCGCCCAGGCUCUGUCGCAGCCGGCCGCGACCGGGAGGUCCGUGGGGCGAGCACAAUUGGCUUAGCGUCGUCCGGGUUAGGGAGGGUUUGGCCGGUAGGGAUAUCCUUGUCUCAUCGCGCUCCAGUGACUCCUGUGGCGGGCCGGGCGCAGUGCGCGCUAACCGAGGGGGGCGGGUGCACGGUGUUUCCUCCGACACAUUGGUGCGGCUGGCUUCCGGGUUGGAGGCGCGCUGUGUCAAGAAGCAGUGCGGCUUGGUUGGGUUGUGCUUCGGAGGACGCAUGGCUUUCGACCUUCGUCUCUCCCGAGCCCGUACGGGAGUUGUAGCGAUGAGACAAGAUAGUAAUUACUAGCGAUUGGAUACCACGAAAAUUGGGGAGAAAAGGGGGAGAAAAUUUUAAAAAAUUGAAAAUUUGAGUCCACUGAAAUUAUGAAUGUUUUGAUUGUACUGUAUUGAUUUCUUGCUGAGGUUUGCUGUGAAGGUAGGAUUGUUGAUUUGGAAGGAGAUCCCCCACACUUACUAGUGCUGGAACAGGUCUUUAUAAUGAUGUUGAUGUCCACUCUUUUCAUUGUUAUUUGUCCUGAUUGAGUGUGCCUUUGAUUUAGUUACCUACAAAACCUGCCUUGCCAAACCACACAUGUACACUUGGUAGACAGUUUAUUAAGUACACCAUCCCGUUCACGAAAGUGGAUCGCUCCUACAGACAAUGAGUCACGUGGCCGUGGCUUGCUAUAUAAAGCAGGCAGGCAGGCAUCGAGGCAUUCAGUUACUGUUCUAUUUGGGCUAAACGAGUGACCUAAGCGACUUUCAGUGUGUUAUGAUCGUCGGUGCCAGCAUCUCAGAAACGUCUUCCCUCCUGGGAUUUUCAUGUACGACAGUGUCUAGGGUUUCUCGAGAAUGGUGUGACAAACAAGGAGUUUCUAGUAAGCAGCAAUCCUGUGGAUGAAAACAGCUCGGUGAUGAAGGAGAAUGGCAAGAAUCGUGGAAGCUAACAGGCAGGCCACAAACAAACCAAUAACAGCGCAGUACAUCAGUGGAGCGCAGAACGGCAACCCGGGAGGCACAACCCGGAGAUCCCUGUCAUGGAUUGGGCUAUGACAGCAGACGACCACCCCGUGUUCCACUGCUAUCAGCUAAAAACAACAAGAAGCGGCUCCAGUGGGCAUUCGAUUACCAACACUGGACAAUUUAGGAGUGGAAAAACAUCACCUGGAACAUGACAGCGAUUUCAGUUUACUUGAGUGGCCUGCACAGUCCCCAGACCUCAACCCAAUAGAGUAUCUUUGGGAUAAGAUGGAAUGGGAAAAAGGGAGUCCGACGCAGUACUUUACGUUUUCAUUUCACCUUUAUUUACUAGAUGGGUGUACCUAAUAAACUGUCCAUUGAGUAUGUUUUCACGUUAUGUUGAGUUUAAUUGAAGGCCUAUUGAUUGUGUUUUUACCUCGGAUGCACAGAGACAUAAAGAGAUUUAUUGUUAAUUGCAGCAUGGUAUGUUUUUCAAGUUUGAGAUAGGGAUGUUUAAAGGUCCAAUGCAGCCAUUUUUAGCUCAAUAUCAAUAUAAUUGUGGGUAACAAUUAAGUACCUUACUGUGAUUGUUUUCAAUUAACACGGUCAAAAAUAAACAAAAAUAGUUACUUUGCCAAGAGUAAUUUCUCAAGCAAUAAUUUUGCUCAGACUGUCUAGGAGUGGUCUGAGUGAAGAGGGGAAAACAGAAAAUGUGCUGUUAUUGGCAGAGAGGUUUGGAACUCUCUUCAUUAUUUGGUCUAUUAACUGAUUUACCACCUGGUGUUGUCACCAGGCAGGCCUAAACUCCAUCCAGCCAAUACAUGCUGAAAUUUCAGGCUGUCUUUUCAAACAGCUCUUAACCACAAAGGGUGUUAUCAGCAUUCUCACAGUAUUAUACCAACCUCAUAGUGUGGAAAUACAGUGCCUUGCAAAGUAUUCAGAACCCUUGGAUUUAUUCACAUUUUAUUGUGCUUCAAGUAGGAUUCAAUUGUCUUUUUUUGUCAACAAUAUACACAAAAUAUUUUGUAAUAUCAAAGUGAAAAAUUAUAUAUUUUUGUAAGAUUAAUACAACAUGAAAUAACUAUAGCCAGUUGUUGCAUAAGUAUUCAGCACCUUUGUUUAGGCAAGCCUAAAUUAGUUCAGGAGCAAAAUGUGGCUUAACAAAUCACAUCAAAAGUUAAAUAAACUCUGUAUGAAAUAAA